GAUUUAACAUUUGUGGGCUUCCUUUGUCCCCACUGGAAAAAAUGGAUUACCAAAGGAUAAAACUCACCUACUCCAUUACAACAAGUUCCCCUUGAAGUCGUAGUUUGUUCUAACUGUGCUCUAAUUCAAAAUGAUAUACCGUUGAAUAAGUCUUGGGAAUCGAGAGAGCUAGACCAAGAGUUGGCAGGUCAAAUUAGAGACGUGAUAAAAAAAGAUUAUUUUAGGGUGCCUAACAGCUGUGGAAAUUCCUUGGAGUUCAAGGGCACGGCUGUUUAUUUUAUAGAGUAAUAAACUACAACUUUCUUCAUCCCCCAAAAUCCUGUGCAUUCUGUUGGGAGUGCCCUGUUUAUGAUUUGGGUGAGGGAAAAAAGAAGAAAUGGGGGAUUACAGAUCUCGGUCAUAUGGGGUCGACCCAGGGGCGUCCAAGGGUUACAGCUAUAAUGGAGGAAACGGGCAGAUUCAGCCUUAUUUUAGUCAGCAGCAGCCAGGGGUUUCUUAUUCUUACAGUCAGCCCCCUGCUUACACGGAUGGCCCUGGGGCUUAUAAUGGCUACAAGACCAAUAGUUACAAUAGCGCUGUGGCUAAGAGUCAGUCAUCAUCUGCCUCUUCCUCUAAGUUCUGGGGAAUCAAUGAUCCUGAAGUGAAGAGGAAGAAGAGGGUGGCCAGCUAUAAGGUUUACACCGUGGAGGGCAAGGUUAAGGGCUCCUUCAGGAAGGGUUUUCGCUGGCUCAAGGACAAGUACACCGAAAUCGUCUACGGCUGGUGGUAAGACCAAUUCUGCUAUAAAAAAAGAAUUAUAGGCACCGCACCUCACCCCUGCUCCCUGUAUUAUUUUUGGGUUUCUUAGAUUCAGAAGAGAUCACAGUGACAGGAAACCCCAAGGGAAACAGUGGGUGACGCGUAGAUUUUCAUUCUGUUGUAUCUUAAAAUGAAGACUCUAAUGUUUAUUGGGUCUUAGCUUUUUCAAAUGAAAGGAUUCUAUUUUGAAAUGUGAAUAAAUAUGUUCUCUCUUUUUCCAUGCUGA